CUCGACUACUUGUGGCUGCGGGCCUGCGCGCUUUCAAUUACAAAACUGAUGCAUGCGUGAACGGGAGGAAUUGGUCCGGAGACCACCACUAUUCAGCAGUCGAUAAGGAACAGCAUGGAUGAAGAGGAACAGUUUGUCAACAUAGACCUCAACGAUGACAAUAUCUGCAGCGUCUGCAAGCUGGAGACCGACACAGGAACGCUUUCCUUCUGUCACAUCUGUUUUGAACUCAGCAUUGAAGGAGAAACUCAUCGAAGCAUCGAAGGAGUAUGCACGUCCACCCUGCUCCACUCCAAGUCCCUGCGUGGGCAUCGCGACUGCUUCGAGAAGUUCCACCUGAUCGCGAACCAGAAGCUGUGUCGUGGCAAAGGCUCCCGCAGCACCUACGAGGGCGUGAAGCGGGCGCUCAGCCAACGCCUCAGCCGCAUCGUCCAGCUGGCACAGAACCGAGACGCCAGUUCCGAAACCGGCUCGGGCCGUAACGGGUCUCUGUGCUAUAGUCGGUCGGGGGACUGUAAGCUACUGCCACAGUCGGACACGCAGGUGCCCAGAUAUGCCCCGCACUGGGCGGACGGACCCGGUCUUGGCAUCGCCACUCGUGACACGAGCGACACGCACGACUACGGCAAGGCGGACGUGCUGGGUUGCCAUAGUGACCACGAGGACCACCUCGGGGUGGAGCUACUACCGGUGGUUGUCGAUGGCGACCGAAGAGGGCGUCAUAACGCAGAGCUGGCACCGGGGUCAGCGCCGAGCAGUCAGGCCAGAAGACACCCAGCACAUAGCCAUGAGGAGUUGUCCAAGAUGAGUCUUGAAGAGCUUCACCAACUGAACGGCCAGCUCAUCCAGCAGAUCCAAAAAGUGUUUGAGGAGCUGAGUGUGGUGGUGCAGGAGAAGGACUCCCUGUCGUCUCAGCUGCACGUGCGCCACAUCGCCAUUGAACAGCUGUUCAAGAACUGCUCCAAGCUGCCCUGGCUGCAGAUCGGCAGGGCAGGGGUCAGGGCCAGCCAACCGCCCGUGGAGUGAAGAGAUGAGAAGAGAAAAGAAGAGAUGGAGGUGUGGAUGGAGGAGGAGACGUGAAUUUUAAAGCUGCCAGUGAAGAAAAGAGGUGGGGUGGGUAGAAGAGGAGAUGAGAGGAGAGGCCCAUCUCGCUCUUACAGAGAUGGUCUGCUCUGAAGUGAUGAAGUGAGGGAGUACUCCUCCAUUUUUACUUCUUGUGGAGUGAAGAGGUAGAGCUGGGGAUGGAGGAGAAGGAGAAGGGUCCUCCUCGUUAGAAAGGGUUGUUUGGGACGUGUUGAGUAAACGCUUCAAGACUCCAAACCGCUAAUUUUUGCAAGGAACUUUACAGAGAUUUUCUCCAUGUUAACCUCCCUGCCCUGGCUCCUCCGCCUCUUCAGCCUAAAGAAGGGUCCUUACAGGGAAGACAUUAUAUGUAUGGAAUCCUGCUCCCACUUCCAUGGAACCACUGCUCCAGUUCUCUUCUAUUCUGGCCUAGAGUGUUCUUAUGCUGCCGCGUUCUGCGUGCCUGCCUGGCAGCACAAUGUACGCCAUACUUGAAGACUUUCAAGGAGAAGAAAAGUAAGCGAUUAAAACAAUGUGUCACUGGUGGUGAUGAGACAUUUCAACAUUGUAUUCUUCAGAAAGGUCUGUGAGCUUCAGAGAGACAUGGACCUAAAGAGAACCAUGUUAGGACCACUAUGCAUAGUGCAAAAUUUUACUAUUCAGAGUUUGACUCGCCAAUGCGAUUUAUAAAUAUUAUAACCAUCAUCAUCAUCAUCAUCAUCAUCAUCGCCUAUGUUUUCUGUCAGGGUUGGUUGGCUAUUGCAAUAAGGUGCUUUUCUUUUUGUGGUAUAUUUUAUUUUAUUGGACUAUUUAUUGACCAUGCGUGCUUGCAUGUAUUCAUUAGCUUUUGUGAGGAGCAGGGUACAGCGCCACCAAUAGGGCUGAUCCAGAAGUGUCGCUGAUGUGGUUACUUCAUCAAGGGAAGGGAGGGCAUCAAUGUUUUUUUUUUUUUUUGUAGGGUGAUAGGGGUAAAUAUUUACAAGGGAACUCUCCUCUGAUUGGUUCGGCAGAAUCAACCAUGGACAACCCCAACCACCCUGCAAAAAACAAUACAGGGAGGGCAGGGCAGGGCAGGGGAGGGAAUGUUUACACUGGUAUGGAGUUUGUGGUGUGUUUGUAUGGUGUGGUGUACUGAAGGUGUGAUCCCCAUAGCUUUCAAUAGGGGGCGCUGAUGGCCAACCCUCCUGAGAGCAGAAGUGAAACCAAAGCAAAGCAAAAGCUGAGGGGCUUCCCAUGAGAAUUACAGCACACCACAUCAGCAACACUUGCCCUGGACUGCUCCUUUUGUUUAUCGCAUUCAUGUUUUUAAAGUGUUAAAUCAUGUGUCCGUCAGCGUCAGGGUAGAUCUCCAGAGGGGAUGGGUGGAGGAGAGAUGGAUAUCAUUCGGUACCUAGCUUUGUGUGUUGUUUGUGUUUGUGUCAUUUUUGACUCUUGACAAUGUCUGUCAUGAUGAUUCUUUUGGGUCACCUUCCUGAAGUGGCACGUCAUGUCAUGUCAUCAUCUGUCGUGUUGUCAUCACAGUGGAAAGAGAAAAGGGGAAAUGGACAUUUAGGGCCUUAACAUUGCAAAGGGACAUGGCAAUAUAAAAAUAAUAUCGCUCUUUUAAUUGGCGACUCUUCCUACCAAAGUCCUCAUUGCAGACUGAUGUCUGCGUUUGAUUUGAUUGACAUCCCCAACAGGCACAAUACCGUUUGAAGACACGUUUUAAAAAGCUAGACUGCGUACUGUAUGAUUCUGUAGGAAACGUGGUAUUUGUAUUGUUUUAAUUUUUUGUUGUUGUGUUGGAGUGUUUUAAAAUUGGUUUGCAGUGAACACUGUAUGUUCAUCUUACCACUUUUAUAUUUUAGUGAUCUUGUGUUUUCAUUUUAUCAGUGUUUUCAUCGGUUUUCUACUUUGACAAUGGAAUAUAUGAAUAUGUUUUAAACCCCACCUGAUCUGUGGCUAUGCAGUCUCCCCAAAGCAAUCUCAAACAGACUUCAAAAUGGAAGAAAUCAAAAUGGAACCACGAAGCCACCCGGUGGAGGCUCAGAGAACUGCAGCCAGAGAUGCGCAGGCUGCAUUCACAUGUAGUUUUAUUCUAAUCACAGUCGUCUAAAGAGAUACAUAGUUUUUGAAAUUUUGGAUUUGUGAAUACGAAUAUAAAUGAACUCUCUUUAUAAGAGAUGUAUUUUUACCCCCCUGUGGGGUACAAUAUGUUGUGAAAUACUGUGCUUUGUUGUGUGUCAUUGUGCGUGUGUGUAUGUGUGUGUUUGCUUGUGUGUUUACUGUUGUGUGUGUUAUGUUAUUUUUCUAUGACUGAAAGUGCAUUUCAUUGCAUGCGCUCGGUGUCCAUAGGCUGCAGAUGUGUGUUGGCUGGAUGUGAAGGCAGACUUACCCUCAUAACCACCAACAUGUAGUGAGGGAAACCUUUCCAUUAUCUAAACUUCCGUCCACCCUUGUGCUUGUGACCUCGUGAUGACCUUGUGAUGAUGUCGCAAGACGUCAUUGACGAUAGAAGUUAAAUUCAUUACCUUGCAAAAGCGCAAUUCAUUCAUUUUCUCAUUUGCAAUCAGGAUGUUGAAUGGGGGAAAAUCCCCCUAUAGCUGUGCGUAGGCCAUCGUUUUCUCCACGGAGACGGGGCGUCAGCGAAGCCACAAGAACAAGUUAAGGAUGGUAGUAUGGAGAAUGGAAUGCACACUUAUGUGCAGGGCCGCUGACGGCUUUGGCUGGGCCCAGGACAAAGUCAUCUGAAAGGGCCCCCCACCCUAGACUCUCAAUGUAAUGAUGAGGACCCAAUUAUGGGCCCCUCUAUGGGCCUGGAACAGCUGACCCCUUUGUCCCUGUUGUGCUCCCUGUGUGUGUGGGUAUGCACGCAUGUGUGUAUGUCAAGGUGUGUCCACUUUCACACACGUUUGGUUUUACACUCAACUGGGCUGUAAAGUGAAAUGCAAGACAUUUUUUUGCUUUUGCUUUUUUUUUCCUUUCACAGAGGGAUGGUGUUAUUGCAGAUGUCUGCAUCAUCAUUUGAUAUCUCUGGAUUCAUUUGUGUCAUUUCAUUUCAAUGGGUUGAUUUUCUUAUCCCUGAUUUGCUCUGUUGCGUGUAUGUGUGCAUUUCAGCCCAUGGGGAGUAUGUGAUGAACCUGGCUAAGUUAACCUACAGGAAGUGGUCAAUCUAACUAGAUAGCCCACAGUUGUCAUGUAGCUAAGAAAAUGGUGACUUUGGCUCUUCUAUUAGGUAUUUAUUCACUACCUCAAGGUAAACUUAACCUUGUUUAGCACUGUUUACUACUCCCCGUGGGCCUAUACUACAAAGCUGGUUCAGGAGUAAACCAGGUUAAGUUAGGGAUAAAUCAUAUUAGAUGAUUUACCUCUUAACCUAACCUGGGGUGAAUUUCUCAAAAGAGAAGUUGUUAGCCUGUUAGCAACUUCGGUAGUUGCCAAUGGGAAAAUGCAUUGAAAACAACAAAGUAGCUAAUGUAGUAAGCAACUUUGGUUUCGAGAAAUCCACCCCUGGUUUACUCCUGAACCAGCUUUGUAGUAUAGGCCCUGUGUCCUACAUUAUUUCCGCUAUUAUUAUUAUUAUCAUCCUGUGGUUGAGUUGAGUUUGACAGUAUUUGCAGUGCAUCCUCUGCUGGGUGUGUGUGUUGCUGCCACCACUGCUUCCGACUGUUUCACAUGCAAUAACGUCUCUUGUUUUAUAUACAUACAGUAUAGCCCUGUAGAAAAUGACCCACCUGUGUGAUGAUGGUUUGUUUGUAUUGCUUUAUUUUAAACAAAUAAAGGUAUUUUCUUAAAAG